UCUCUUCAUUUGUACAAGAAAAGCCUUAUGCCGAUGUAAGCAAAAAUUAAUUGUGAGAGUUGGGAGAUUAGGUUUUUACAGCCAAAAUGUCAGCAGAUAUUCUUCAGUUUUUGAAGAACAAAUUCAUGGAUGAAUUGGAAGAAGCAGAGGAGGAACACCCUCCACCUCAUGACAUCCCCCAUCAUUCUUAUUUUCUAGAAAUUCGAAAGCUUCUGGAAACUAAAAGCAUCACGCCGUCGACAGGAAUGAAGGAUUGUCUUUACGACCUCAGCAUUGCAUUGACCGACUGCGUUCUCUUCCUGGAAAAGCGCAAAAUGAAAAUCAACAAGGAUUCCUCACAAGGGCAAGGGAAAGAGCAAGAGCUAUGGUUUCUGUGCAAAACAAAAAGGAAGCUGAUUCACAUCAAGAAAGAGUUGCGUGUUGCUACACACCACCCAGUAGUACUAGAGCAGACUUCCCUUUCUGCCGUCACGGAUGUAGCCACAACUUCUUCUUCUUCUGGCUCUUUAUCAUCUUCUUAUUCUUCCUAUUACUUUAGAGACCAAGUCGAAAAUAUAGCAAAUUUGGUUCUGGGUAGGAGAGAAUUGGAUGAAGAAGGAUUUAGUAAGGAAAUUGGAAUUGUGGGGAUUGGGGGUUGCGGUAAGACCCUUGUGGCCCGAAUGGUUUUCGACCAAAGUCGUAUGGCCCGAAGAAUUUGGAUCAACUUACCAGCGAUACAGAAUGGAGAAAUAGAUUUUAAGAAGAUUCUCAAGGCUAUGCUGAAGCAGUGUGAUGGUGGGCAAAGAGAUUUUGGGGAUGGUAGUGUGGAGGUGGAGAAGCUAUUGGACGCCCUCUGCAAAGCAUUGGGGAGUAAGAGUUAUUUAUUAGUGUUUGAUGGAAUUUGGGAUGUCAACCUGGACUGGUACUUCAGGUUAAAGGAGAGACUCGAGUGGCGUAACAAAUCAAAUCAGAGUAGAAUCAUCAUGAUUACAACCAGACUCGAUGGUGUGGCUAAGAGGAUGGUUGGGCCCAAUAAUUUAUAUCGUAUGCAGCCCAUUUCCAAUGAGGUUAUUUGGGACCUCAUGACGAUGCUGCUUCCUCGGGAGCAUCCCACUGUGGUGAAACUGAAGGAUGAAAUGAUAUACCAUUCUCAUGGUCUCCCGUUAGCUGCAAGAACGUUCCACACUAUUAUGCAGAACCAAACCUAUGGAGGGGAUUUCAAGCACAUGGAGAAGUUACUACGAGAAAGGAAACUAGUAUAUUAUGUAAUGAUCAACCCCAAAGACGAUGCCAAUCAGGGGAACCAUUUGCUCCGAUCUAUUUGUAGCAUGUUGGGCACAGAAUGGGUUUCUGACAUUUCAGAGGUUGUUCAAUUGCCAUUACGUGACGUUCAUGAGGCUUUCCAAUUGGUAACGGAGAUAAGCUAUUCUGACCUUCUAGACAAACUGAGGAUAGUUGUUUUUGGAGGCGAUGCUACAACAAAUCGGGUUUUACAAGCACUCUGUGAUAUGGAACUCCAUCCGACACCAUCAAUUGGUGUGAUGCCUUUGGGAACACAAGUUAACAUUUCAAUUUCUCUUGGAUGGGGAAAUCAAAUUUCUGAUACAGAUUCUAAGCCUAUAUUUUACUUGACUAAAUUAAGGGAUGCUGAAGAGAUAUUGAUAGACAGUUGGAAUUUUGUAAUGAGGACAUCAAUUCCAGAUUGUCUUGAGAUACCAAAGACUCUUCGUGUUCAACAUGUUUCUGAAGACGACUUAUUGCUCAUGGAAGGUGACAAAGAGCUUUGUGGGAGAUUUUGGAACUAUCUUAUAAUAGGAUUGGAUGCUCAAGAAUGUUUUGGCGAUUCUCACUUUAAAGCAUGGCCAAGGAACAUUACUUUGCCUAUAAUUGUUAAAAUCAAGGAUCAACAACAUCAAUGGAAGAAGUUAAAGUUACCUCGAAGCAUAAGAUCAAUUGUUUGUCUUAACAUGCCUAGUUUCCUUGGUGGACUAGACCCUUGGGGCAAAGCAAAUUUUAGGAGAAAAAAAAAGAGAAACUUUACAUCAUCUUUUGUGGAUGAUGGACUUCUUGAGAUUAUAGGAUUUAGAGAUUCAUGGCAUGCGGAAAAGUUUCUUCCUUUGAAUUGCCAUGGGACUCGUCUUGCACAGGUGCACCAAAUUCGCUUUGAGCUUUGCAAAGGGAUAGCUGAGCAUAUUUACAUGAGUUUUGAUGGGACGAAAUGGAAACAACAUACCCCUAUUGAUGAUGACAACUACAUGAUCGAAAUCUCUUAUUCAUCUAAAACUAGAAUGCUUGCAACUUCAACUUCAAAAUGCAAACACAAAGCUAGAAGUCCUACAUCUAUUGAAUAUUCUCAAUAGGGUUGAAAUCUUCAUUGAGGAUUUCCUACUAAACCUUUAUAUGUGGAUAACAUGAUAAAAUCUUUAUACGUAUAUAUAUACAAGCAAAAAGAUUUGA